AGUAUAGCCCGCCCUGCCGUGCCCCCUUCGUACCAGGCAUGUUGCCAGGGCGUCUCGUUCCCACGAACCCGAGGCCCCCCCCCCCCAAGUCUCGUGCUCGCUCUGGCGAUGGGGGAGCCGCCGUCGCCCUCCCGAGUCAUUUUGCUUGUCGUCGUCCUGUUCGCUGUUUCUUGACGGGCCUCCCCGCUCUUGCAUUUCCCGCCGCCGUGAUUAUAUAUACCUGCCCGCCCAGACCUCGCCCUCGCUCCCAUCCGCACACCUUGAGUUUUCGGUCGUCGCGCCGUGCCAGUUUCUACCGCCUGUACCACCCCACCCCACCGAGCGUGAUAGGCUGUCCGUGGCCUCUGCUAGCGUCCCUCGGCAUCCGUCUUCCAGAACCCAAGGGCCCUGCGUCAUCCCGCUGUCGAAAACGCCGACGGUCGCGCAACCUGAGCAGGAGAAAAACUCGAAAACACACCUCGUCCCCCAUCGCACAACCCGCAUCCGCCGCCAUGAACACCAGCGCCGUCGAGAGCAAGUUCCUCGCCAGGCCGGACGAGCUCGGCAUCGUCGCCGUGGGCUUCUCCGGAGGUCAGCCCAAGGCCGGUGUCGACGCCGGCCCCGCGGCGCUCAUCGAGUCGGGCCUCCUGGGCGAAAUCAGCAACGAGCUCGGGUACAAGAUCCACGGCGACACGCAGGUCAACGUGUACAAGGACCUGGCGCCCGAGCAGGACCCCGACUACCGCGGCAUGAAGAACCCGCUCAACGUGUCGGCCGUCAACCGCAAGCUGCAGACGCAGGUGUACGAGCACGCGCGCGAGGGCCGGCUGGUGCUGACGCUGGGCGGCGACCACAGCGUGGCCAUCGGCACCAUUGCCGGCUCGGCCAAGGCCAUCCGCGAGCGCCUCAACCGCGAGAUCGCCGUCAUCUGGGUCGACGCCCACGCCGACAUCAACCGCCCCGAGGACAGCGACAGCGGCAACAUCCACGGCAUGCCGCUGGCCUUUGCCACGGGGCUGGCCCGCGACGACAAGGAGGAGUACUUUGGCUGGAUCACCGACGACAUGCGCCUGAGCGUCAAGAAGCUCGUCUACAUUGGCCUGCGCGACGUCGACGCCGCCGAGAAGCGCAUCCUGCGCGAGAACGGCAUCAAGGCUUUUUCCAUGUUUGACGUCGACCGGCACGGCAUCGGCCGCGUCAUGGAAAUGGCCCUCGCCCACAUUGGCAGCGACACGCCCGUCCACCUGUCGUUUGACGUCGACGCCCUCGACCCCAUGUGGGCGCCCAGCACCGGCACCCCCGUCCGCGGCGGCCUGACGCUGCGCGAGGGCGACUACAUUUGCGAGUGCGUCCACCAGACGGGCCAGCUGGUCGCCAUCGACCUGGUCGAGGUGAACCCGGCCCUGGCCGCCACCGAGGCCGGCGCCCAGGAGACGGUCCGCGCCGGCUGCUCGCUGGUGCGGUGCGCCCUCGGCGACACGCUGUUGUAGGCUUGUAGUGGGCUGGGGGUUGACGCGGAUCGGGGUCGAGCGGCGUGAUUGGUCGGAAUAGAAUGUCAUGGCAUGGCAGUGCAGCUCAGAUAUCCUAGAAUUGUCUUUACG